GGUAGCUGACCGUGUUAUCUCUUUUGUAGGUACUGUUUAGAAUGGAAGAGGACACGGAUGGCGGAAUCAGGUUUAGUUCCUUAUGUUUCAUUAAUGAUCAUGUUGGAUUUCAAGGCACUAUAAAAACCUCCCCAAGUGACUUCAUCGUCACUGAGAUUGAUGAACAGGGACAAUUAGUCAGCAAGACCAUUGAUGAAUCUUGUUACGAAAUUAGUAAAACACACUCCGAGCCAAGUCAUCUGGUCAAAAAGCCAAAGCUAAAUAUUCAAGAUGUGUCCCUAUACCGUGAAGGUGAUGAAGAACCUGCUAACUUGACUGGGUACUCUGAUGGUGAUGAGAGUCAUCAUUCUGGCUCAGAAGACAGUGUCAAUGGUGUGACUUCUCAAUGUGAAAAAGAAAACGCUGACUUAUUAAGUUCACUUUUAGAUGGAAAAACUCAUACAUUGCUGGAACAGUUUGCCUGUGACAUCAAAGGGAUGUGGAAUUCAAAAACCGAGUUAAUUGAACCAUCUCUGGAACUCUCUCUAGGUAGGAUCCUUGACAAAAGCCAAAGGGCUGUUUUACACAGUGCUGUUAGGCAGACAUUUCCUUUUUUGAUAACUGUAGGAAAAAGCAGUGAAGUCAUUGUAAAACCAAAUCCUGAGUAUAAAGAACUCUGCCAUUUGGUAUCUGAAGAAGAAGCACUUGGUUUUUUCAAAUAUUUGGAUGCAAAGAAAGAAAAUACCAAGUUUACCUUUAAACCAGACACAAAUAAGGAUCACAGGAAAGCCGUGCACCAUUUCCUCAACAAGAAGUUUGGAAACCUUGUGGAGACCAAGUCUUUUACUGAGCUGGAUCACAGUGCUGGAAAUGCAAACACAGCCAUAACUGUCAGGUUCCGGGAGAAAGCACAUAGACAUGGAAAGAGAGCUCGUCUUGAGUGCGAGAGAAGAAAAGCUGUAUAUACAGCUUUUACCCUACAAAAGGAAAACCUGGAGAUGUUUGAAGCAGUUGGAUUUUUAGCCGUCAAGCUUGGGGUCAUACCUUCAGAUUUCAGUUAUGCGGGCCUUAAAGACAAGAAAGCAGUCACCUAUCAGUCGAUGGUUGUCAAAAAAGUGACUCCACAGAGGUUGAAAAAUAUUGAGGAAGAAAUUAAAAAGAAGAGAAUGAAUGUGUUUAAUAUUCGAUCUGUAGGUGAUUCUCUCAGACUUGGUCAGCUCAAAGGAAAUCACUUUGAAAUUGUCAUCAGAAAUCUAAAAACUCAAACAAAUGAUUCUGCAAGCCUGAGUGAGAGGAUUUUGGAGGCAAUAGAGAAUGUUAAGACUAAAGGUUUUGUGAAUUACUAUGGACCACAGAGGUUUGGGAAAGGAAGGAAAAUUCAAACAGACCAAAUCGGAUUGGCUUUACUGAAGAAUGAAAUGGUAAGGGCCAUAAAAUUAUUUCUUACUCCAGAAGACAUGGAUGAUCCUGUAAAUAAAGCAAAGAAAUACUUUCUUCAAACUGAGGACGCCAAAGGCACGCUCUCACUGAUGCCGGAGUUCCGAAUUCGAGAGCGGGCCCUGCUGGAGUCACUGCAUCGCUUUGGUAUGACAGAGGAAGGCUGCAUCCAGGCCUGGUUCUCUUUUCCUCAUUCCAUGCGCAUAUUCUACAUCCAUGCCUACAGCAGCAAGAUUUGGAAUGAGGCAGCAUCUUAUAGGCUUGCAGCCUAUGGGUCCAGAGUGGUGGAGGGGGACCUGAUCUGCUUGGAUGAAGACAUUGACGAGCAUAUCUCAAGCAGUAAAGUUCACCUGGUAACCAAAGAAGAGGAAUCAGCUAACACUUAUGCAAUACACCAGGUGGUUCUGCCAGUACUUGGAUACAACGCUCAGUACCCAGAGAACAAAGUAGGGCAUUGGUACCAAGGAGUCCUCAGCAGGGACGGACUGCAGUCUUGUAGGUUUAGAGUGCCUGUCCUGAAGCUGAAUGUACCAGGAUGCUACAGGCACAUCUUGAAACAUCCCCACAAUGUGUCAUACCAACUAGUCCAUCCUGACUCUGACGAUAAAGUAGAAGGUUCCCACGGCAAUGACAUAACCUCAUCUCUGUCCAUCUCCUUUGAUCUCGAUGCUUCAUGUUAUGCUACUGUUUGUCUGAGGGAAAUGAUGAAGGGUGAUGUUUAAACCAGCACCCAUGAUGUAGUCGUGUGUCUGCCAUUCUGAAGAAAGGGUAACUGCCAUUUCUAGGGCCUCUGCCUUGAGCUUCAUGAUUGCUGUUGCCUUUAAUUUUCACAGUAUGUCAAGAGGUUGGAAACCUGAUGAAUUAAAGUAAAUGUCAGUGUCUCAGUUUAAACUUUUUCACUAAAGUCCUGUGUUUACUCAUAACAGUUGAGGAAUCAAAGGCCUAAGGCAGUGGUUCUCAAGCUUUGGGUCAAGUCCCCUUUGGUAACUAUCUAAAAAUAUUUACAUUAUGAUUCAUAACAGUAGCAAAAUUAUAGUUAUGAAGUAGCAACGGAAAUAAUUUUAUGGUUGGGGGUCAGCACAACAGGAGGAACUGUAUUAUAGGGUCGCAGCAUCGGGAAGGUUGAGAGCCGCAGGUUUAAAGCUGUGUGACUAGUCUUUCCACGUCCUUCAGGGAUUUUUGUCCCAGUCACCACAGUUCCAGUCUUUAGAACACUACUCUGUGCCCUGGCUGCAGUGGCUCACACUCGAGUGACAUGUAGAGAGAGAGCCCCCUCUGCUCUGCUUAAAAAGGGAAAGCUAGGUGACAUUGAAACCAUGGUGUCAGGACAAUUGAAAUACCAUCCUUCCCAGUUUAAGGUGGCUGGUCACAGAAACAUGCAGGUUCUUACAGUAACUGACAUCUGACAUCAUCUUGGAGGAAGACUAGAAGUUUUCAUUAAACCUUUUCAUACAAGUUUUGUACUCGAUACCCUAACUUUUUGUUAUGUCUUCUAUUACCUAAAACUCAGAUUUUAUACUCAGAGCUACUCAUGUUCCAUUUCCCACACAUUGGAUAUGGUAUUGAUUCUUUUGGAAAUAAAGGCAUUAUCCAUUUCCUAAGUUA